UUUUGUCAACUGGCCAAACUAUUUUGAAGUUGAGUGACACAAAAAAAUUAGCUUCAGCAGUCUUAGGUUAAUCGCUCACUCAAUCGUUCUUUCUGGCUCACACCUUCGUCGGCAACUCAUUCUCUGAGAAUUUCAGGUGAUAGAGCAAGAGAGGUACUUCUUCAGCCACAAAGAAGCCAAGUAUCGAAAUGGAAACAGAAUCAACAGAGCAACUGCUUCUGGUUACUGGAAGGCAACUGUCUUAGACAGACAAAUUGGUCCUUCAAACAAGAACAGUGCAGUGGGGAUGAAAAAGACUCCGGUUUUCUAUAGAGAUCUGAAAAAUUCAGAUAGCGAAGCUCUUGAAAGUCUGAAUGUUCCGUCACGCAUUAGUAGAUUUGACAACGGAGAAGGAAGCCAGACUAUUAUCCAUGGUGCACAGAAUGCCUGGGACAUGCUUCAGGAGGAGUCAUCUUUGACACGCAUUACCACUUCUUGUGCAGAUCUAGAUAACAUUCUUGGUGGUGGAAUAACUUGUAAAGAAGUGACUGAAAUUGGUGGAGUACCAGGCAUUGGUAAAACACAGAUGGGGAUUCAACUUGCGGUAAAUGUUCAAAUUCCAUCAUAUUGUGGUGGCCUAGGAGGAAAGGCAAUUUAUAUAGAUACAGAAGGAAGUUUUAUGGUGGAGCGUGCUCUACAGGUUGCUGAAGCAUGCAUAGAGGACAUGUCAGAAUACAGUAGGUUUUUGCACAAGGAUUUGCAGGCAUUUCAAGUGGGAAUGCAAAGCAAAGAUAUCCUGGAGAAUAUAUACUAUUUCCGUGUCUGCAGUUAUACAGAGCAAAUUGCUCUGAUUAAUUACUUGGACAAAUUCAUUACUGAACAUAGAGAUGUAAGUAAUAUGAUGGUUCAGACUAUGUGCCAACUGCCACAUUGCUCACACAGUGGUUUGAAAUUGUCUGCUUCGUAUCCUUUGUGUGGGAUCUCUGACCAAUAUGUUCUUUCAUGUGUUGAUAAAGCUAUUCUUGGUGAAUUUACAACUCUUUUUGUUUUUUUAAAUAAAAAACAGGUUAAAGUUGUUAUAAUUGAUAGCAUUACUUUCCACUUCCGCCAAGAUUUUGACGACUUAGCCCUCAGAACAAGGGUACUCAGUGGAAUGGCAUUAAAAUUGAUGAAGGUUGCAAAAACUUUCAGCUUAGCGGUAGUUUUACUGAAUCAGGUAACGACCAAGCACACAGAAGGUUCCUUCCAAUUAGGUCUUGCACUAGGUGAUAGUUGGUCACAUUCUUGCACAAAUCGGAUAAUUUUGUAUUGGAAUGGCAAUGAGCGAUAUGCAUACAUCGACAAGUCACCUUCCCUUAGAUCAGCAUCAGCACCAUAUUCUGUUACCAGUAGAGGAAUCCGGAAUUCUGCUUCCAACUUUAAACGUGCUAAAAUGAUGUGAAGGUUUGAUUGCCAUGACAAUAGCUAGUGCGUUCAUGCUGCUUGAAUAUAUAUUAAGGAUUGUUAAUGACUUGUGCUCCCCCUUCUUGUAUACAACGGAGAAGGUAAGAAUGCAAGAUUUGAACUUUUGAUCGUCUGCCCGCAUUUUGGCCAUCUUACAUUGUAGAGCAAAUAUUCCAUUAUAUAAUACUAAUUAGUGACGCAGGCAAUUCUUAUUUAA